AUGGCAUCUACGUUGGGACAUAUAAAUAAGCUCGGCUACGCCGAGCUUUCAAAAAUUGAUGACGUUGCUAAACGUCUUGUAAUAGAUCAUUUUUUAAAUUUAGUAACUGUAAAAAUGACCGAUUUAGAUGACAAUUAUUUAUUUAAAUCUCCAGCUUUGUUAGCUACAAAUUUAGAAAAUAUAUUAUCUCAAUAUGUAACCUCAAAUGAUUCUAUAACGGCUAUUGAAGAAAUUUUUCAACUUAUUAUUUAUGAAAACCUUUAUAGCAUUUUGAAUGAUGUUACCAUUUUGAAAAUUUAUUUAGAAUUCUAUUUAAAACUUAUUAAUCCUAUUAUUACGAUAAAAGUCAUGGAAACUACCCGGUAUAAUACUUCAAGCAAGCAAAUUAAAGUUGUAGCAACUCAGAAUAUUAAAAAAAAUUCUGUAAUAAAUGAAUUAAUUGGAUUUACUGUAUGGUUAAGUAAAACUGAUGAAGAAAAUUUGAAGCUAGCUAAAAAUGAUCAUUCCAUUAUGUACAGUGAAAGAAAAAAAAAGUCAAAGCUUUUAUUCGGUCCAGCAUCCUUCAUCAAUCAUGAUUGCUUAGCUAAUAGUCAAUAUUUCCAAAAUGGAAAAAAUAUUUAUAUAAAAACAAUAAAAGAUAUUUCAAAAGGGAAUGAAAUCACAUGCUAUUAUGGUUCAAACUUUUUUGGAGAUAAUAAUACUAAUUGUGAAUGUGAAACUUGUGAAAAUAAAAUUUUACUUGAAUUCCAAAAUAAGCUUGAAAUUGAUCCAGGAGAGUUAGAUAAAUUUCUUGAUAAUCUUAUACUAUUUAAGAAUAUUGCCCAGAAUAAAAAUUCACAUAACAUAGAUGCAUCUUUUCAAAGAAAAGCCAAAGGUCAAGUUAACCGAGGUUUGAGACAUGAUGAUGAAAUAUAUCAUAAAUUUAUUAAAUACAUAGAAAGAGAAAAGAUGAUUAAGUUUAAUAACUUUGACCCUAACGAAAAAGAUAUUUUAAACAUUGUCUCAAAUGUUUACAAAAAUGAACAUCAUUCAAGUGUGAGAUCAGUAUAUUCUUUUGUUAAAGAGUAUAAGGAAUCAAUUAUUCAGGAUGUUCAAGGAAUUACAUCUUAUGCUAUAGACAAAUAUGUUAGGUCUUAA